AUGGUUACUCUUUCCAGCUCCUCUACCACUACCAGAUACAUCCAAUUACUCUUUGGAAUCAUUCUCCUUGGUCUAUCUGGCAAGAUUAUCAACGAUAGAAGCUCUCUGACCUCUCUUGUCAACGAUCUGCAGGAGCUGUACAAUAGCACCGACUCCAGCUCUUCAAUCUCCAAAAGGGAUUACAGCGAGCCUUCGCUGAAUAUUGACACCACUUGGAAGAAGUCUGCUAUUGUUCUUGCUUCGGCCUGCACCUCGGUCGGCUCCAACACUGCCAACUAUGCUUUCCCAAAGCUCUUCACGUCAAGAAACACCAACCAAAAUACCCAGGCUGUGCUCUGGAAGUCUUCAGCCUUCCGCACUUUGUCCAAGUCGGCCUCUGACUUUGUUGGAAAAUCUGCUGUUACCGUUUCCAAGUCUCAGACAUCGUACUUGACUUCGCUUCUUGGUAGCGAGGUGACUUCCCAUGCUUUGUGGAUCGUCAACGUCAUUAUGCAAAUCAGUGAGUACGGAUCUCAGUCCUGCUCCAAUGUCGAAGGUUUGCUCACUGCUUACAACUUGACCUCCGAUCUUGCUGACUCGAUCUUGUCCAACUACUACAACCUCCCUGACAGCAGCAACUCCACCUCCCUCGAUAGUGAAUUAGAGGAAGAGAUCCAGGAAUUGUUAUCAGGUGCCAACUCCACCCUUGCUAAUGAGACUAUCUCCGAGUUGCUCGACUCCUACGCCAGCAACAACAUCACUACCUCGGAGUUGCAAUCCACUCUGCUCCUCAAGUUGGCAAACAAUUGCAAGCUGAAGAAAGCCUCUAUGGCUCUCUCCAUUUUGGUUAUUGUUGCCUAUGUUGCCUCGAGUGCCUUUUUGUCCGCCAGUGCUGUUUCUUUCUCCAACAAGUACAAGAAACAAAAAUCCCAGGUCGCUCAAAAGACACAAGAGAAGGAAGCCAAGAAAAACCAACCUGCUCCGGAAGGUUCACAAGAAAAUGAGCAGGAGACACCAAAGAAAGAAGAUGAAAAAGAGGACCUGGUUCACUUUGUUUAUCACUCGGACUGGUUGUUCCCUGAUGUCGCUUUAGAAGAAGAACUGGCUUCUUACUUUGCCUAG